AUGGACGAUGACACCAUUCUUGGCCCAGAGAAGUCCUGGGACGUUGCAAACUUCAGCACCUUCCUACUGGACCAUUCAUCAGACACACUGUUCCUGGGCGCCAGGGAUGCCAUACUGGCUGUGGACACCAAAAAUCUGGACCAAAAACCAAAAAAGAUUGUCUGGGAUGUGCCGGAGGACAAGAGGAGGUCUUGUGUGGCAAAGGGAAAGACAGAGGUUGACUGCCACAACUACAUCCGUCUGCUGGAGUUUUUUGGCAAGGAACACAUCUACGUGUGUGGCACCUACGCCUUCGACCCACAGUGUGCCUUCCUGGAGCUCUCCUCCUUCACCCUGGAGAAAGCCGAGGAUGGAGGGGUAAAGAUGGAGACGGGGAAGGGCAAGUGUCCCUUUGAGCCCAGUCAGCACUACACAGCUGUUAUGGCAGGCGGUACCUUAUACACAGCAGCCACCAGUAACUUCCUGGGAACGCUGUUCGACAUCUCCCGGGCAACGGGCCCUGAGCAGGAGCGCAUCCGAACUGAACGAUCCAUCAACUGGCUGAGUGACCCAGAGUUUGUGAGCUCAGCCUUCAUAGAACAGUCUCCAGAGAGCAACCCAACCGGAGACGAUGACAAAAUCUACUUCUUCUUCACUGAGGUGGCCAAAGAGUAUGACCUUUACACCAAAGUCAAAGUGCCCAGGGUGGCGCGAGUCUGCAAGUCUGAUGUGGGAGGGAUGAAGACUCUGCAGCGACGUUGGACCACCUUCCUCAAGGCCGAGCUGGUGUGUGAGGACAAACCCAGCGGUCAGCGCUACAACAUCCUGACGGAUGUUUUCACCACGCAACACACACCAGGGGACCCCAGCAGCACACACUUCUACGGACUGUUCACCUCCCAGUGGGAGCAUGAAGAGUUAUCAGCAGUGUGUGUUUUCAGUCUGUCGGACAUCAUCAAAGUGAUGGACGGUCCCUUUAAAGAGCUGAAGAAGACCUGCGAGAACUGGAUCAACCCUGAACCUGUCCCCACACCGAGGCCUGGCCAGUGUUUGAACAAUGCUUUGAAGGCUGAGGGGUUCGAGUCGUCCUUGAAACUUCCUGACAAGGUGCUGACCUUUGUGAGGGACCACCCUCUGAUGGAGAACAGUGUUACUGCAGCGCCCCUGUUGGUCCGGAAGGGAAUCACAUACACCAAGCUGGCUGUAACGCAGACGGGCAACGGGGAGAUGCGGAGAGGAGCAGUGCUGCACCUUGGAACAGACCGCGGGGAGCUCCACCGGGUGGCAGUAGUGGGCCAGAACGCCACCUUACUGCAGGAAAUUCCUCUGUUCACCUUGCAGGAGCCUGUCAACAAUAUAUUACUGCACCAGGGCUGGGCUCUGGUGGGCAGCCCGCUGUCUCUGGCUCGUGUCCAGGCUGAAGGCUGCGGUCUGUAUACCAGCUGUGAGGUGUGUGCCAAAGCCAGAGGGCUGGGCUGUGUGUGGAAUGCAGCGGAAGAAGCCUGCGGGUCCACAACAGUAGAGCCUGUUCCAGGUGAUAUGGUAGACCAUGCCUUAAGACAGUGUGAUAUGCAGGAGGGGCGUUGCAACCCGUCCAUCAGGGAGCUGCGGGUUUCUAUGGGUCUGCGCCUCCUGUUGCCAUGUGUCCAGCUGUCUCCCAGGCCCUGUAGCUGGGAGCAUCCUCCCCACAGACACACCAGGCAGCACCACUCUGACCUGGAGGUGACUGUCACAAAGGACAGCCUGGGAAAAUACACCUGCACAUGCCAGGAGGCAGGACCAGGUAUCAGGGACCCCACCCCCUGCCGCAGGGCCGUGUAUCAGCUGACACUAGAAGGCCCCAGUGCUGGAGGAACGGUAGCGAUACCAGGAAGUCGUCACGUCCUAGCCGUCUACAUCCUUAUCUUCUGCGGGGGUUUAACUUCAGGUGUAUUCCUCAUCUGCUUCGUGACCCGUCGUCACAGCUUGGGUCGCCAGGGCCACCACCUGCCAGAUAAUUCGCUGUCGUCAGAGAAGGGGCGGGACUUGCUGGGCUCCUCAGCCACGCCGCAGUCCCCCAGCAGUGCCAGCCUGUUUUCCGAGGGAUUCAGACUGACAGAAAAACGUAACGGGACGGCAACCACAACCACGACUACAACUCUCCUCAGCAACCAGGGUAAUGGCGGUCACAUUGGGAACAGCUUCAGUGGCACACUGAUCAACAGCAACUCCAGUAAUGGCCAUGGGAAUUCCCUGUACUCCAACUGCAACACAAGUAACAGCGGGCUGAAGAUUACAGACAUUUUAGUUGCCAACAUGCUGGAUGGAAGGACGGGGGAGAGGGAGAGGCCCGAAGGGGUAAAGAGGGAGCCAGGGGAGGGGGACGAGGUGGAUGAGGGGCUGGGGGAUGGGUUAGGGGAAGGGAUAAAAGUACUGGAGGAGGAGUUGUCUAGCCUUACUAUGUUUAAAUCACCAGCACCACUGGCCCAGUGUGAAGAAAGUUCAAUAUGAAAAGCGUAAUAUGCUAUUGAUUAUACCAUUUUGCAUCCUCCAAAGAAACUGAAUACUACUGGAAUUAAUGCAAAAUGGUUACUGCCAAAUGCCUUUGAAUGGGAGCUGUGGCAUGAAGACAGACUAAAGAGAUAUAUGAGAAAUAUAUUUAAGUCUAAGCAUGUGAAAGAGACAUGUUGUGUUUGGAGAGAACUGCUUCACAGAAAACAUAUUAGAGUGUUGUGAUUCACUCAGGAUGAGAGCCACAGCUGAAUAAAUGUGUCGGGUGUAAAUAUAAAAUGUAAAUAUAAGCGGUCUGAAUGUGUGGACUGUGGACAUGGAGCUGAGCGUGAUAUCGCACAUUUUAAAUGUUACAAAGAAUCAAAGAUAAAGUGUCUACAUGUGUGGACAUGAAAAAGCCAUAUUGUCUUUCACCUUAACUCCUGUUGUUGUUUGCUCUCAUCGUCUCCUGAUGGCACUGCAAAAGAAAAGUGCACUUUGAAUCUCUCUGUAGCUCUCUCUGUCUCUUGUGUUUCUAAUUGUCUCUCUGACAUACCACUCAAAUCCCAGACCCUGAUGGGUCCAAAGUGAUAAAGGACUGGUGAGUCAUAGAAGGCCCUUCAAACAGAGAGAUGCCCCUGUCAGAGACUAAAGAACAAUGAAUUCAUUGCGGAGGCUUCAGGUGGACUACAGUGACCAUGACGGGGCUGUCCCUGCCGACACUGCUGCAGAGGUCAAGACGGUGAUAGGGCUGACAGACACCUAUCGGAUUUGAGUCAGUGCAGAAAGCUGAAGAAGCACAGCAGAUGCAAGUGACAGCUGCUCAGAUUUGUCACUGUGCACAUUCACAUAACUGAGACAGAAGGCAGACGAUUUUCAAAGGCUGUGAAAUUCAUUUCAGCGUCAAGGAAUGGACCUUGCCAGACACAAAGCCACCAUCACCUCGUUUUGUGAGUGUGGGUUUCAACAUAAAAAUGUAUUGUUUUUGUCAUGUUGUUUUGUAAUAAAGCCUAAAAAAAUGUC